AUACAAACCGUCACAAGAAAUAAUCUCAUCGCCUCUCUCCUACGCAGUGUUUUUGCUCGGCCUUUCUACUCCAGCGAGUGGCCAUGCCUCGACCCCGCCGGGUUCCGGCUGCGGCGGCGGCCGGCAACGCUAGCGAAAUGAAGGUCGACGGUCGCGAGGAGACGCCGUCGAUGUUGGACGAGACCGGCCAUGAAAUAGGUCCGGAGGUACUCCAGAAGCUACGAGAGCAAUGGGAGCUCGCCUCCGUUCUCAACUUUCUGAGCGUUUUCGAGCCUGUUAUCGGGAACGAUCUCAAGUUGUCUGCCGAGGAGAUUGAAGGAGGUCUCAUAAGGCCCAACUCUUCGAUUGCGCAACUACACGUCAAGCUCUUAAAGGGAAUUCCGCCUAUUAGCAAAGCAUUGGAUGGUUCUGAUGCAUGGGUGACUGUACUUUGUAAGAAACUGGAUUCAUGGUGGCAGUGGUUGCAGGUUUCUGAGGGGAAUAUGCCAUUAACACUGGCUAAUGGGAAGGAAAUAUAUCAAUACAAAGAACUUGAUCCUGUUGGUCGAUUACUUUUGCUGAGAGCUCUAUGCGAACUCCGAGCCAUUCAAGAUGAUGCAGUAUCUUACAUAAACAAUGCUCUUAAAGAUGGAACUCCUAUAUCUUGUUUUCGCAAAGAAAAGCUUGCUAGUCAUGGAAAUGGAACUUCUUACUGGUACGAGGGAGAUGCAACUUGUGGGCACAGGCUAUAUAGGGCCGUAUGUAUUCCCAAGUCGAAGUCUACCAACAGUGAUGAGCGUGGUGUACCUCUACCAUUCACAAUGUUUCGGUGGGACACACUUGCCACUAAUCUCGACGAGUUUUCUGAAGUAGUGGAAGCACUUGCAUCAAGCAAAGGUGUAGCUGAAGUUGCUGUCAGUAAAAUCAUACAAUCUGAUAUUAUACCUGUCCUACAGAAAAUUAAAAAGAACAAAGAAAGAGCGCUCAAGCGGAAAGAAAGACAAAAGAUGCUCCUAAGUAAUUGUAAGAGAUUCUAUCCAGUUGCUGGUUCUCGAUCCUGCCGAAGUCGUCGGCCUAUAAGUUACACAUUUGAGGAGUAUGAUCGGGCUAUUAAUGAGGCUAUAGACGUCACAGAGAGGUCGACUACUGAAGAUCAAAGGAGACAGUACAAGCACCGUGAGUUUAGUAAAGAGGAUGAUAGUCAGAAUGAGGAUCCAGAUUCAAGUGAAGGGGUUGGUAGAAACAAUAUCUAUGAUGUUCCGGCGACUCAGAUUAACAAGCAUGGAGGAGCUGGAAAUGACUACACAGAUGAGGAAUAUGAUGGAAAAUGCAGUGAUGAUGAUUGUAGCAGGUCAAACAACUCGGAUGAGGACUGCCUUGGGAGCACAAUCGAUUCUCCUAAUAAUAAUAAUCAUCCAAAGAGAAAAAUUCAUGUUGCUCAUAGAGUUGCUGGAUCUCGCUGGAGCAAAAGGUUAGCUGGAGCUGCUGCUCAUGCGGUUGAGGAAACAAGGGAGUUGCACAUGAAGAAGUUGCUGAGACAAAGACCCACUCAAAACUAUGCUCUAGAGUCAGCUAUUAUACCAGAUUCGGAUGAAGAAAACCCAUUAUAGAACGCCGACAGCAAUAUCAUUUUGGACUCUGCUGUGGUCACUGACAGCUACGAAGCUUCCGAAAUGUAACCAUUAGGCGAGUCAGGUUAUGUGCAUAGACUCAUUAGUUUCCUUGAAUUUUGUGAUCUAGCAAGGAAUUGUCUUAUUGUACAUGGAUGACAUGAUGCACCAUUUUGCACAUAUUAUCUCCAGGCAGGAGGGAGGGGGUUCAGCUUUUGCAGAAUUUUCGGUGGAUACUUUCUACUACUAUUGAGAAAGUUGCCUCAGCCCUGACCAUCCUCUUACCUGGACAGGACAAUUAUUUAGGACAUCUUUUCUUAAUUUCUGCGAAGGGAAGUAAUUAUUCACGAUAUUA